GGAGGGGCGGCUCCGACCGAAUCACUGUAUUCGAACUGAUGUUGGAACGCCUGUUCGAACGAGCGAUCUAUAGAACCCAUGAACUGAAGUCACCACAAAAAGAUGGCACCCACGGCUAGCAGAAUGACCUGACCCCUGACCUGUGACCUACAAGGAGCUGACAUGUCUUCUGACGAGGACGACGACAGGGGGUUAAAGGUCAGCGAGGGGGUCGCAGAGGAACGCCUCCAAGUGCCCCUCUCCUGGUAUAAGCGUAGAACACUCCUCUUCAGGCAGAAGAAAAGAAUUCCCCUCUUGUGCUGUGGGCAUGACAGCGAUGACAGCGAGGUCGAUGACCUCCACCUGGAGCUGGCCAGAAGCGACCUGGGGUCAGCAACCUCGCUACUAUACCAGCUCCCCCAGGGGUCCUACAUGGAGGGGGUUCUACCACUGCGAUACGGGGAGGAGAGUCGGCCAUAUUUGUUGCUGAACAAGGUCAACUGCCCCUCCAUGGAGGUCAUCAGCGAGCACCUCCAUCGGACAUGGCAGAUCGAGAGGCCAAAGGUCAUCCUGUCGCUGUACUGCGAGCCCGAACACUUCAGCCUCUGGAAGCGGAGAAAGAUCUACGACGCCCUUCAGACUGGGCUCAUCAAGCUUGCCUCCACCACCAACAUGUGGCUCAUCACCAACGGAGCGAACCUCGGCGUGGGGAAACUGGUCGGGGACGCCAUGAAGCGGGAGAAAGCGCGUAGGGAGUACAUGAUGUCAAAGGAAGAUGACGACCAACCAAUGCUGAGGGCGGUGGGGAUCUCUCCCUUCUGUGCUGUGGCUCACAUGAUGCCCAGAUGGCGCACCAUCCAAGAUGGGUUGCAAGAUCAGUGGGAGCUGAACCCGGACCAUACGCACUUUAUCGUGGUGGACGACGGGACUGACGACAACUGGAACGCAGAACACGAGCUGAGACUGCAGCUGCAGCACCACUACAGUUCACCGCGGCGGGCCUCCAGCUACUGUGUUCUUCCCAGCAAGAAGGCGAACCCCGUAGUGUGUGUGUUGGUGCAGGGAGGCCCGGCCAGUAUACAGUAUGUACAGGGGUGUGUACAACAGGAGACUCCUGUACUCCUACUGAAGGGGAGUGGCAAGGCUGCCGAUCUGCUGGCCUUUGCUUACGAGGAGAUCAAAGAAAGGCCUCCCCAGGAUGACUGGAUACAGUACCUAAGGGCAGAGCUGUCCAGGAGGAUCUUUAAGACGUUCCCCAAGUUGUCUCAGGAGGAGGUUCAGGAGCUGAAGGAGUUGAUCAUCAACUGUGUCAAUGACGCCAUCAAGGAGGACCAGGUUUUUCUCAGCAUCCUGGAAGUGCAAGGUUUCCAUGACGACCUGGAGAACCUGGACCACUACAUCCUGACUGCCAUCUGGAAAGCCCAGGCGGACGUGUCUGAUGACAUCGUCGUGCAGAGUGACCUCCAGCUGACCUUGCAGUGGAACAGACCUGACCUGGCGCUGUCCGAGAUCUUCCAGUCUCCGUAUUUCCCAGACAACAUCAAGAUCCCACCACGCCUGUUUGAGAAGGCUCUUCUGAAGAAAGACCGGGAGGAGUUUGUGGAGCUGUUUCUGUCUCAGGGCUUCGACCCGGGGGACUUCCUGACUAGGAGCAGGUACAGGAGGCUGUUCGAGAACGCAGACGACAGAGAGUUCAUUAAGGGAGUAUUUGGAGCCAUGGGGUACAACCUGCCUGAUUUUGGGCUCCUUCCCGACAACUUCCUGACAACACUUAAGAAGGUGAUCUGUCAGAUUGCAGAGGUCAAUGUCUACUUCUUCUGUUAUGAGGACCCGACCAAGGAGCAACCCAACAUGGAGAGGGCAGUGCUUAGCAGCUUCCAGAAGAGAACUAAGGUGAUGAUGGACCUGUUGCUAUGGGCGAUCCUGGUAAACAAGCAGCGGUUGGUGCGGAUCAUCUGGGAGCAGGCAGAGGACCCGAUACCGCUGGCACUCUACAUCCGCCGGGUCUACAUGUCACUUACAAAGUUUGUGGAGGACACCACUCUACGGAAGGAGAUGGAGACACUGGUCGUUGAGUAUGAAGACCUGGCAGUCGGUGUCUUAGACACGGGGUACAAGGAGUCGACCAACAAAGCCACGGACAUCUUAAACGAGACGAUCCCGGACUUGAAGGUCAAGACUGCGAUAGAGGUGGCGUACGACAGCAAGUGUAAGAAGUUCAUUGCGCACCCUUGCUGCAGAAAGUGGGUGAAGAGGACCUACAUGGGAGGUAUCUCUGUGAAGAAGACCAUGGCCAACUUUCUGCCUGGCUGGCUCAAGAUCUUGCUGAGUGCUUUCCUGAUCUUCCCCAUGUUCUUCUUCAUCGACUUCCGGUUCCUGCGGCUGAACGCUGAGGAGCAGGGCAGGUGGGAAGUUCUGCGGCCGAGAAGCCAGCAGAGCGGGAUGCUGAACAGUGUGCGCUCCCAGAACCUGACGUAUGUUGAGCGCCAGAUGGAGGAAGGCUCGGGGUACCACUGCAACUGUACCCUCAACACCUGCAUGCUGAACUUCUUCCGCCGAAUCAAGGCGCUGUGGACGGCCCCCAUCACCAAGUACUGGGCUCACGUGCUGUGUUACAUGAUUUUCCUGUUCCUGCUGUCCCUGUCUGGCCUGCUGCCGGGCUGUGGAAACAUCCUGCUGGACGUGGCCAUCAGCCUGUGGAUGACAACAUCCAUCGUGGAGCUCAUCCGGACCAUAUACAGGGACAUUGAAAUGUUCCGUAGGCACAACUUCUGGGGCUACACAGAGACCAUCCUGAUCUUCCUGUUCUGGGCGGCACACUUCGUCGUGAAGAUAUUUUACAGUGUACUGUACGGUGUUGUCGGGGACGCGAGUUGGGGCUGGUUCACCCGAAGGACGCCAAGCUUCUGCUGGCCAUCAUGCUGUUCUUUCUUCUUCCCGCGGCUGCUGUACGUGUUCGCUCCGAACAGUCUCUCACUGGGACCCAGGCUGGUCAUGCUCAGGAAGAUGAUCCGGAGAGACCUGGCAGUAUUUUUCCAGCUGCUUGUGGUGUUCAUGUGCAUCCAUGGCAUAGUAUCUCAGAUCCUCCUGCAGCCCUGGCACCAGCUGGACAGCAGUGUAGUGGAGAUGGUGAUCUGGAGACCCUGGCUACAUGUCUGGCUAACCCCAUACGAUUACUUGGAAGGUAACUGUGAGGGCCUGGUUGUAGUGCCACCCCCGGACCAACCUCCCAGUUGGUACGCCCCCAACGUUACCAUGCCGACCUGCCCCGUGGAAACCUCGGAUGCAUGCGAGGGACACUGGUUCCUCUACAUGUCUCUCAACUUCUACCUCAUCUGUGUGAGGUUCGGCCUCCUCACCGUGCUCUUCGCUAUGUUCAAGUGA